GCGGACCUGCAGGAGAAGGCGGCGGCGGCGGCCGAGGCCGAGGGAAGAUGGCGGACGGUGUGGACCACAUAGACAUUUACGCGGAUGUGGGCGAGGAGUUCAACCAGGAAGCAGAAUAUGGUGGGCAUGAUCAGAUAGAUUUGUAUGAUGAUGUCAUCUCUCCAUCUGCAAAUAAUGGAGAUGCCCCAGAAGAUCGGGAUUACAUGGAUACCCUCCCACCAACUGUUGGUGAUGAUGUGGGUAAAGGAGCAGCACCAAAUGUUGUCUAUACUUACACUGGAAAGAGAAUUGCGUUAUAUAUUGGAAAUCUAACUUGGUGGACAACAGAUGAGGACUUAACUGAAGCAGUUCAUUCUUUGGGAGUAAAUGAUAUUUUGGAGAUAAAAUUUUUUGAAAAUCGGGCAAAUGGCCAGUCAAAGGGAUUUGCCCUUGUUGGUGUUGGAUCUGAAGCAUCUUCAAAAAAGUUAAUGGAUUUGUUGCCUAAAAGAGAACUUCAUGGUCAGAAUCCUGUUGUAACUCCAUGUAAUAAACAGUUCCUGAGUCAAUUUGAAAUGCAGUCCAGGAAAACUACACAAUCAGGACAAAUGUCUGGGGAAGGUAAAGCUGGUCCUCCAGGAGGCAGUUCACGUGCAGCAUUUCCACAAGGUGGUAGAGGACGGGGCCGUUUCCCAGGGGCUGUUCCUGGUGGGGACAGAUUUCCUGGGCCAGCAGGACCAGGAGGGCCACCCCCACCUUUUCCAGGAAAUUUGAUCAAGCAUCUUGUUAAAGGAACUCGGCCUUUGUUCCUGGAAACUAGGAUUCCAUGGCAUAUGGGGCACAGCAUAGAGGAAAUACCCAUUUUUGGCCUAAAAGCUGGACAGACUCCACCACGUCCACCCUUAGGUCCUCCAGGCCCACCUGGCCCACCAGGUCCUCCACCUCCUGGUCAGGUUCUGCCUCCUCCUCUAGCUGGGCCUCCUAAUCGAGGAGAUCGCCCUCCACCACCAGUUCUUUUUCCUGGACAACCUUUUGGGCAACCUCCGUUGGGUCCACUUCCUCCUGGGCCUCCACCUCCAGUUCCAGGCUACGGCCCCCCUCCUGGUCCACCACCUCCACAACAGGGACCACCUCCACCACCAGGCCCCUUUCCUCCUCGCCCACCUGGUCCUCUUGGGCCACCCCUUACACUUGCUCCUCCUCCGCAUCUUCCGGGACCACCUCCAGGUGCCCCGCCGCCAGCUCCACAUGUGAAUCCAGCUUUCUUUCCUCCACCAACUAAUAGUGGCAUGCCUACAUCAGAUAGCCGAGGUCCACCACCAACAGAUCCAUAUGGCAGACCUCCACCAUAUGAUAGGGGUGAUUAUGGACCUCCUGGGAGGGAAAUGGAUACUGCAAGAACACCACUGAGUGAAGCUGAGUUUGAAGAAAUCAUGAAUAGAAAUAGGGCAAUCUCAAGCAGUGCUAUUUCAAGAGCUGUGUCUGAUGCCAGUGCUGGUGAUUAUGGGAGUGCUAUUGAGACAUUGGUAACAGCAAUUUCUUUAAUUAAACAAUCCAAAGUAUCUGCUGAUGAUCGUUGCAAAGUUCUUAUUAGUUCUUUACAAGAUUGCCUUCAUGGAAUUGAAUCCAAGUCAUAUGGUUCUGGAUCAAGAAGACGUGAACGAUCAAGAGAAAGGGACCAUAGUAGAUCACGAGAAAAGAGUCGGCGCCAUAAAUCCCGUAGUAGAGAUCGUCAUGAUGAUUAUUACAGAGAGAGAAGCAGGGAACGAGAGAGACACCGUGAUCGUGACCGAGACCGUGACCGAGAGCGUGACCGAGAGCGAGAGUAUCGUCAUCGUUAGAAGCUGAAGGAAGAGGAACACCUUCCAAGACAAAACAGUCUUCAUGGGGGAAAAAUGACGCUUGUCCAGCAGUUUGCUUCUUGUGAUUGAACUGAACCUGUAAGGAUUCAUGGAUAAACUGAACAGGAAUAGAUCUGAAUAAAGCAAAUCUGCAUAAAUGGUAACCAGUAGCUCUACUUUUAUUUUUUAUGUUGCUUAACUGUUUUAUUUGAAGGAAACCUGUGUGAUUUAAAAAGUUAAUAGCUUUUGCAACUUUAUUACUGGUUAUAUACAUUUGGCCAUUAUAAUGUGCAAGCAAUUGGAAAAAAAGUCAAGUAAAUGCUUGUUUUUAUAGUAGUUUGUUCUUGUUAAAAAAUGUUCAUAUGAUAAUGUCUGUAAACAGCACCACUUUGAUUACAAUAGAUGUAGUGUUGUAAUAAACUGUUUAAUGGGGCUGAUGUGUAAAGCUGUUCAAGUUAUUUGAUGUUUACACCUCAGGGAAAGUCUUGUGUUCAGCAAUAUCUAAAGAUAAUGUUACUAUGACAACAUUUUUACUGUCCUUUAAAAAAGCAUUGCAAUAGCGUUUUUGGAUAUGCAUCAAUCUAAUCUUGCGUUCAGUGAAUUAAACAUAACUAAUUAAGUGUCUCUUGCCCUUGAUUUUGAUAUUAGAAUAGGUGAUUACAUGGAUAUUUAAUAUUUCUAUAUUCUGCUUUUCUAGCUGUUUUUACCUAGUUAGCUUGUGACUUUGCUGAAUGGUAUGUAAACUUGUAAAAACUGAAAUUUGACAGACAGCAAUGCAGUCAAUGUGUUAGGGGUCAAAAACUUGAGGUUUUUAACAUUUUAGUAAAAAUUCCUAUGUAUUUGCUACAGUAGUGCAGCUUAACUACAGCACAGAUGUACUGAGACACUUCAUUGUGAACUGCUAGCAUUGAAGAGAGACUUUGAUAAUUACGACUUGAUGCUGCCGUGAUUUGCUGUUUCUUAUUGAUGGUGCUUAUGGUUUAGUUUUGAGCCAUAGGCAGUAAAUACAGCCAUGCAGCAGGUAAUGUGAGUAAAGAGAGCCUUAGCUUUAUUUUCCAGUUGGUAUAGAUUUCUGAAGGAUGUGAUGUUUAUUGGGUUUUUUCCUACAGUAUGAGUAAUGGGAGAUUUAGUUUGUACCCUGUCACUACACAAGGAAUUCUAAGUAUGUUCAUGCAACCUGUUGAUUCAUGCUAGGUUAAAAGUUGCUUUCUUUUUUUUUCCUUUCAAACCUGCCUUAUAUAAAGGCCUAUGUUAAAGUACCUGGCUAGCAUGUAUUCUUUAUUGCAAGAUUAGCAGAGCUAGAAUGUCAAUUUGGUGAGGUAUUUUUUUAUGAGACAGUAAUUCUGAAUCACUACUUAGGAAAUUUGAGUUAAAAUCUCUAAGCAAGUCAGUUUGUUUUUAAUAUAUUUUAAGAUCCAAUUAUGAGAGAUCUUCUGAUUGUACCCAUUGGUUUUUAAAAUUCGGCGAAUUUUAGGACACGCUUAAAGUGUUUGGAUACUCUAUUAUAUGUAUUGUGCAACUGUAGAAGCCCUCCAGAGAUUUGCACUGCCAUUCUUCAGUUGCAUUUGUCUGUUAUCAAACUACUUACAAAAAUAGCUGUUUCAAGUUACCCAUAUUACUGCCAGUUUUAUUUGAAAACAUUUUGUGAUUGAAGUAUUUGUGCCUGGGAUCAUUGGUGUUUAUCAGAACUGUUUGCUCUCAGAAAUGAUUUUAAAGUGUUUAUCUUGUUGGAAAUGCACUUGUCUUUUUUUAUAACAUUUGAGAGUUGUAUCAAAAUCUGUUUUCUUGUUUUGUGUAUAGGUAUUUGUAAGUUUUUGUCAUUUCUUAGUUUUUUUAUAGUUUAAAUACAAUACCCCAAUGUGAAGAAGUUUGGACAUACAUAUAUUACAAAGGAGAUUAGUUAAUAGUAAGGUUAAAAGGUAAGUAAAAUGUCCAUGAGAAUAAAUUUUCUCUGAGCAAGUUUAAAAUGGAAUCAUAAAAAACUAUACUUGAAGUGAAACUGGAAAUUUUGUACUAAUUUAAUCUUUUAUUUUACCUUUUCUUUUUUUUUUAAUCAGUGGAACCCUUUAAUUGUUUUAUAUCACUCUUCUCUUUACCUGGCUGAUUUCAUUAAGUGACUUUGUUUGCAGACAGUGUGAGCACACUAGAAUUGUUUGCUGCUAGUCCAUUAUUCUGAUUGUUGUCAGGAAGAAAUAACUUUUUACUUUGACCAAGUAAUUUUGCAAAGUCCUCUACCUGGUAACUCAUGAAUGUAUAGUAGAAAAGGUAAAAAGUUGCCAACCUUGUUUUAUUCAUUAUACCCCUUCUGUGUAAGACCCAACGCUAUUUGAAAACUUCUUUUAAUGUCUAAAAACAGUCCAAAGAGAUAGUUGUACAAAGACACCCCUCCCAAAAAAGAGAUAUCUUUUUAUUUUCUAAUUUACAAUUACUAGUGGAUGUUAAAACUUGAGUUUAUUUUUGAGUCAUAGCAUUUAUUAGUGCUAUGCAGUCACAUUCCUUUCAGCUAGUAAAGUUGCAGAUGAGUGAUACAGCACCCACGUGGUAUUGUUUCUGAAGUAGCAUUAUGAAUUGAAUAUGCUGCUUUUUGUUAAAAGAAGUGUGUUAUGGAAAGGAUAUUUGAAUGUAAAUUUACAAGUGUCUGUUUUGGUUUAUUUUCAUGAGCAUGAUUUGGAGUCAUUCGCUGUGGCUGUUGAUCAUCGUUAGCCCAUUUAAUGGCUCCUUUACUUAGAAUAUUUUGAAGCAGUUCACUACAAUUUGGAGUUCACAAGUACUUGUAGCUUAAGGCAUUGUUUUCAUUUGAUUCUCCUAUGGAGAGUGUUACUUUAGUUUUUACUAGUUUAAGGUCAGAUCUAAAAAUAAACAUGGAGGUUUUAAUGAAUGUUGUAUAAUAUUUUAUAGUGAAAGGGAAUAUUGUUGAAAGGGUAAAGACUUUCUCUUUCCCUUAAUGUGUUUUAAUGUGCCAAUAACCUAAAUACAUGUUGUUUUAUAUAAUGAGAUGGUACUAAAAGACUUUUUCUGUUAGAGUGCUCUCCACAUUUUUGUUUUCUUAUCUGAAUGGUCAUUGCAUUUUCUGUAUCAUAAGGUGGUUCCAAUUUUGUGUUUUAAGCUUCAGCUUAAGUUAUUUUAAGAGGAAGUUUAUGUUCUUACUCUUUGAGAAUACACUAUUGAGAUUCUCACUGUUACAGAUAACUGCUUUUUAAAUUUUACUCAUCAAGUUCAUUUGCAUCCCAUAGCUCUGUAAAUGUUUUCCCCAGUUGUGUGUACUUAAAAUGCACGUUUAUCCAUUGUACAUAUUAGACUUUUUUUGUGCUAAAAUAUAUUAAGUGGGAUUUUUGUAGCAAAGCAUUCUAUUUUUCUGUUCUUACAGUUUUCUUUUUAACGUUUACCUUCAGUUGAAACACUGGUGUAUUUUAUUUUUUAGCAACUUGACUCUUAGAAGCCUUAGACUAACAUUUAAAUAAACAUUUAACCAAAAAUUAUGAAUUUAUUAAGAUGUGGCCUUACAUAUGACAUUCCUUGUGUUUAUAAUGUGCAGGUUUUUCAUUUAGAGAAAUCAAGAUUCUGGAUUAAAGUCUCAUUUUAAGUCAAAAUAGAAAAUGUGUUAAAUGUCUAGGCUUCUGGGAGGAAGUUCUUAUCCUCUUCUUUCUUAGCAUUAGAAAGAAGCAAUAUGAAUUUUUAUGAAUAUUCAAAAUAUUCAGGCAGUUGUAUCCUGUUCAGAUUGAUUGAGAUUUGUUUUAACCAAUGUUUCUUUAAAAUUUCAGGUUGUUGACUUUCACUGAUUAUACCACACACCAUUACCAUGGUUUUUAUAUGGGACGUAUAAACACUUGGUUACAUAUAGACAGAUUUGAAUGUUUUAAAGACUUCCUGCUACAUUAAUUAAUGCAUUGUAAUGGGAGGCUUUUAAAACAUUAGAUAGUAUUUAACUGAAGUCACACAAAUCUUGAAAUGGUAUCUGCGGAUAGUAAAUACUACCAAGAGUUUUGCAUGUGGGAGUAUCAUAAAACUCCACCAUGGGUGUAAAUGUUUUACAUUAAUUUCAUAAUUGGACAGACCCAGCAUUUAGUAAAAACAUUUUGUUUUGAAGGUGUGUUCUUUGUCGCACUGUUACUGCGUAACAUUUCUCAACAUUCUGUAAGCUAAAUUAUUUAAAAAUACAAUGGUAAACCAUGUUUAUUUAUUUUUUUACUUUGAAAAUUGUAGUACUCAGGUGGUAUUUAAUGGGAAAUGAUCCUUUUGGGGUAAAUCAUAAUGUAUUCUAAGGAAUGCAUCUAUAACAUUGACUUUAGCCUUAAAAAAAGGUCUAUUCCUCUUCCUCUGCAUCCCAUGGCAUAUUAGCAAAGUAGUUUACAGCCCAGUAUAGCCUUACAAAGUUGUUUUACAAUUUUUAAUGAAAAGCCCUUAACAAAAACAAAAAAUUGUAUCAUAUUAGCAGUAUCCACGAAUUACUGAGUCACACUUUGUAAAUAAUUUGUCUUAAUAUCUGAAGGCCAAAGAAAGUCUUAAAAAUUUUAGCUAUUGACAGUGGUGACUUCAUACUAAGAUUUCUGUGCAAAAGGUAAGAUGAUAUUUGAUCAAGUAGACAUCUUUUUGUCCAUGAGAACUAGACUUCCAUAUUAGCUUCUUUUAAAAAGCUCAUUCCCAUUUUAUUAAAAUGUUUGUAAUUGCAAUUUUGUGUUUAAUGUUUACUUUGUCUUUUCUUUCUUUAGCAUUUAGGUGACUGUUCAGCAGUUUGCUAUAUGGCCAUUGUUGGCCUUAAACUGCAAUAGUAACAAGCAUGGUAUUUAUCUUGUAUUGAAAAUAAAACAAAGUUUUGAUAAUAAUACUUUGCAGUUUGUCCUUUUUGUCUGUUUUAUA